GCGUCGGAACGUAUCCGUUGAAUAGCCGCCAAGCCAAAGGCAGCGCUUAGAAGUCGCAGCAGCAACAGCAGCAGCAGCAGCAGAAACAGCAGCCUCAGUCGCAGCAGCAGCAACAGCAGCAGCAGCAGCGACGGCCUUAGUUUUAAUCCAUAGUUAAAUAAUAAUAGCAACAACAACAACAACAAGACCGGAAAAACGUUUGUGGCAAUAAGCAAAUUUGUUGUUUUGUCGUGUUGCAGUUGUCAGUUGCAAGUAUUGCCCAUUGCAUCAAACUUGACGAAACGCUCAACCGACGGUUAAACUCACAAUACAUAACUGACCAACAACAACAAUUCACUUUGUUCCAAUACAGUGUUGUACAAUCUCAGAAAACGGCUCAAAAUCCAAUUGGUAUUACAAAAAUCCAUCACACAGCAAAACAAAAUCAAAUAAGAAUUCAAAUACAGAAAACGUGUUAAUAUUGCUCAUAAAAUCGUGAAAUCUUGACCAUAAGCUACUUAUAUCAAUGUUUAACAACAACAAGCAUCAUUCCCAAGCCGAAUGAGUGAAUAAAUAAAUGAGAGAAGCGCUCAAAAAUGCCAUCAUAAACAAAUAAAGCAAAUAAAUAAACAUAAACUAGUGAUAUCCCCAAUAUGUUUAAUGUGUAAAACAAACAACGCAACAACAACAACUUCAGAAACAACUACAGAUACAGAUACAGAUACACCAUGUCAAGCAGCUCAGUUCAGUUAAGCUCAUAAAGGUCGCUCGUAAACAAAAAUUGUUUAACAAAAUUAUACAAAACUCAACAAUUUAUGGAAUUUAAAAACAACAAAUCGUCACAGCAGCCAUAACCACAACCAUAUAUCCCAUAGUUAUUAGGUAUUACUUAUAGGGAAUAUACAUAUAUUUUGAUUCUCAUUGUGGCCCAGUAAAUACAAAGGCAAUGCAGCGCCAUUCAAGCUCAACUUGUGCUCUUCAAAUCAGUAUAACCACCGACACCGACACCUUUAGCACCACAGCAGCAGCAGCAGAAGAAACCACACAAAUCCGGCCAGAAGCCACGAGAGCUUCAAUUGCAAUUGCAGCUCCAUCUGUAAAAUGAUGGAACGUCUUUCGACACAUCUGUCGCUCUCUGGAUUAUCGCUCGCACAUCCUUUGCAGAGUCAUUUGAGCUCGGUGAGCUCCAGCAGCGGCACACAUCUUGGACAAUUGAUACAGCAUCAUCAGCAGCAGCAGCAGCAGCAACAGCAGCAACAACAGCAGCAACAACAACACGGUAGUGAACAGAGUCACAGUCACGGUCACAGUCACAGUCACCAUAGCCAGCAAUUGUCGCUGGGUCAGUUGGGGCAGCAACAUCAUCAUCAUCAUCAGUGCAGCAGCAACAGCAGCGGCGGUUCACCCGGAGGCAACGGCAACAACAACGGCAGCAGCGCUUUGGGGUUGCAUCCACAUUUGCAUCACUCGGCGGCAGCUGCAGCGGCAGCUCAUCACCUGAGUUCACAGCACUCGCAACUGCAUCAACAUCAUCAGGCGGCAGCAGCAGCGGCAGCAGCACAACAACAGCAACAACAGCAGCAGCAGCAACCACACUCCUCUGCCUCACAUCACAGUCAGCCAACGGGAUCGGGAUCGAGUUCUCUACACGCUGCAUCCCAAUCACAGUCGCAUCAGCCCCACAGCAACGGCAUUGGCCAGCAUCUAGGAGCUGGAGGAGGUGCCCAUAGUCUAGCCAGCUCUAGUGCCAGCUCCAGUGCCCCAGUGCAUCACACGUCCACGUCCAGCAGCACCAGCAGCGUCAUGGCAGCCGCAGCCGCCGCUCAUCUGCACCACAAUUCACAGGCAUCGCCCAUCAGCAAUCUGCACCAGAAUAUGGGCAGCCUCAUGAACAGUGGCAGCAGCGCCAGCGAUGUAUUUUUUAGUCUGAUGAUACAGAACACAACGAAACGCCAGAAUGAGGAGCACAUAAAACGUCCGAUGAAUGCGUUUAUGGUCUGGUCGCGUCUACAAAGACGCAAAAUAGCACAGGAUAAUCCCAAAAUGCACAAUUCGGAAAUAUCCAAGAGGCUGGGUGCCGAAUGGAAGCUACUCACCGAAGAAGAGAAACGUCCCUUUAUCGAUGAGGCCAAACGUUUGCGCGCCAUGCACAUGAAGGAGCAUCCCGAUUACAAGUAUCGACCCAGACGCAAACCCAAGGCUCUCAGACGUGAUGGCUAUCCAUAUCCCAUGCCAUAUCCAUCGGUGCCAGUGGAGGCGUUAAGAGCAGGCAUCUCGCCGGGUUACUUUGCCCCCGGACCCACAGCGGCCGCCUAUCAUCUGGGCAGCCAUCUCACGCAGACAUCGACGCCAAGCUCAACGCAGGCCUCACUUUCCGGACAGAUGGAUAAGUUUGCUGCUCUGGAGCGCAGUUCGUAUCUGAGCAAUGCAGCAGCUGCAGCGGCGGGAAGUCAGGCGAGUGCUUAUAGCGCCUAUUUGGAUCCCAGUGUGCUGACCAAGGCGUACUUCGACUCCAAGAUGUAUCAGGAUCGUGCCAACUAUGCCUUUGAUAUCUCCAAAAUCUAUGGCGCCCAGCAGCACGCGGCGGCGCAUCAUCAGCAGCAGCAACAACAACAACAACAGCAGCAGCAACAACAACAGCAGCAACAACAGCAGCUGCUCAUGGCCAGCAGUGGAGCAGCAGCAGGAGGAGGAGGAGGAGGAGGAAGUGCGGGUGGCAGCUCCCACAACAACAACAGCAGCAGCGGGCUGGAUGAUCGCGAUGCCACGCCCCAGCUGGACGCGGGCGGAGGAGUUGAAGCCAAGCCGCAUCUGCACUCGCCCAGCGAUGUCGGAUUGGAUUAUGCCCAUCAAUAUGCCCAACAAUAUGGCGGACAGUUGGCGGCCAGUGCUGCUGCUGGCGUCGGCGUCGGUGUGGGUGUGGGUGUUGGUGUUGGUGGCGGUGGUGCAGCUGGUGGCGGUGGUGCUGGUGGCGCCACUGAUUUUCGCCGACCGCUGACGGUCAUCUUCUGACCACCAUCGUCCAAUGGUAGCGAGGAGUUAAACUUGUCUAUGACUUAGGAAAUGCGAGAUUAAAGUUAAAUGUAGCCAACUUUACAAUUAAGCCUCGAGUUGUAAACUAAUCAUAAGCUUUGUUAAAUCGAAGAGCAGCUGCAGCAGUGCGGGAGAAGUGCAAAGAGGAGCAGGAGGAG